AUGGAAGCUUCAGAUAAUAUAAUGAAGGUAUGCCGCCUUUGUCUUACAAUGGACACAAAGAUGUAUAAUAUCAACAAAUACAAUUUGCAUCAAGUAUUUAUUAACAUAACAGGCCUUUCUGUUACACUAAACGAAACCUUUCCUCAAACUCUAUGUUGGGAGUGUACUCAAAGGCUCAGAUCGGCAGAAAAUCUACGACUGAAAGCUAUAACCAGUCAUAAUUUACUACUGGAUUUAUAUAAAUUGGAAAAAGUUGUGACAUUAGAACAAAUAAAAUCAAUAAAUAGAUAUUCAUACGGCCUUCAGUCCUCAUUGACAUCUAAAAUAAAUGAAAAUGACAACUUUGAUUUAACAAUUGAUGGAGAUGAGAAAAUUAUAGAAGAGAAAAUAGAAGUUAAUUUAAAUGAAGAUGUUUUUGAUGAUUUGGAACAAUGUGAACCUAUUGAAGUUAAAGUGGAGAGUAAUGAGAUAUUUUUUGAAGAUUGUGGGUUUGUUAGUGAAGACGAUAGAACGUUAAGUGAGAUGUGUAAAGUGAAGAAAGUGAAAAAGGUGAAAGUGAAGAAAAAAGUGAAGGUUAAAGAUAGUGAAAAGGUGGAGGAUGAUGCGACAACUGUAGCUGAUAAAUUCAAAACCACGGACGUAAAACGAAGACGGACAAACGAAAAUAUUGAUGAGAAUCUCUUUACAAUAACAAUGUUGUCGUAUGAACAACAAAUUGAACAAAUAACUAAGAGAAAAGAGUCGGUACUAUACAAAAAUGCUACUUAUAAAUGUGAAUUAUGUUUUCGAGGAUUCCAUAUUAAAGCGAGAUAUGAUGCCCAUAGUAUACGACAUCGUGACGAAAGCGGUGCCUUCGAAUGCUUUAUAUGUAAAAGUAGACUCAAAACUAGUCGAGCACUUCGCAAACAUAUAACAUCCCAACAUACAGAGCAGUUUAGUUGUAGAGGCUGUCCGUUCAUCACUAUGAAUAGAGGUGUAGCGAGAGAACACGAAAAAUGGCAUUCCGGAGCGAAGUACCAGUGUCCACAUUGUCCCAGCCAGUUCGAUAAAGUGACGACAUAUCUCGGCCAUGUUAGAAUCAAACACGUGUCGGACUUCGUGUGUGAGUUGUGUGGGUAUACAUUCCUAAGCAAGAAGGGUAUCGAGGUUCAUAAGAAGAAAAAACAUCGCUUAUCCGAAGAGACGGCGCCGCUGGAAGGCCCGUAUUGUGAAGUGUGCGACGUGAGAUUCGUGUCAGAGGAAGCUCACUUGCGACAUUUGAAACUAUCUUCAAGGCACAGUAGUGAUAAUGAUCCUGAUAGAAUACGAAACGACUCGCAAAGCAUGAGUAGUAUGAAGAAAGGUGUGAUGAGACGCACUGACCGACGGAUGAUGAUGCACAGGCGCGAUGAUGAUGAGAAUCCAGCGGAACUCAUCACUUGUGAACAGUGUGGAGCCCAACUCCGUGGUCUAAGGUUGUACGCGCAGCACUUCCGUAGAGUUCAUCCCGACAAGAAUCGAACCAAGUACCCAGCUAUGAAGACGCCUUCUAUGUGCGAGCAGUGUGGUAGGAUAUUCCAGAGUAUGGCCCUUCUCAAAGACCAUAUGUGGGUGCACACAGGCGAAAAACGCUUCAAAUGCGACCGUUGCGAUAAGAGUUUUACCCAGAAGACUAAUCUGGUCUUCCAUAUGAGGGUGCACAGUGCAACGCGGCCUACGUACGAAUGCCCCCUUUGCGGGAAGCACUUCGCUUUCUACAAUAAUAGGCGGCGGCAUAUGUUCAUACACACAGGUUUGAAGCCGUUCAAAUGCGAAACUUGUGGUAAGGCGUUCACGACGUCUGGCGAGUUGAGGGCUCAUGUGGAACAUGUCCAUAUGAAGAAACCCUGGCCCAAGAGAUCGCGGAGAGGAAAUGAAGAACCCUGGAAGUGUAUGCAGAGUAUGGAAGAUUAG